CAUGCAUCAUGUAUAUAUAUUGCUUUCUUGCAGUCUGUGGCCAUAGUAUGGAGCAGUCCACUACCACCAUGGGGACCUGUAUCACACAGUCAAUGAUGAGGUGUUUCUAUCCAGCUUACCAGACUAUGAAACAGCAGUACCAUCGUCUCAGACGAACUUCUCACCUGCAAUUCAACAAACAAGAUUUUGAUAAUAUGUGCGAGGUCUUGCAGACUGAUAUUGUAUAUUGUAUGGACAAAAUUGAAGAUUCUUGUGGUCAGACAACAAGACAGAGUGCUUUGAAACAGCUGAACACAAGCUUUCAUUACUUCUGCUACAAUGGAUGGAAAGAUUACCAGAAAUUCCAGAAAUGCUUCAAAUCAGACAAGAACAAUGUCCAAGAGAAAAUAAGGCACUGCUACACAACUUCAGAUCUGAAUCACAGAAAUUUCUUUGAACAUGAGUAUGAAUAUUUCAAUCGUGACUUCUUUUAUAACUAUCCAAACUCUUACAAUUGGCAGGGAUAUUUUAAGGACGAUCCUAACAGGCAAGGUGAUGGUCAAGUUCAUGACCAAGGUCAAGGCUAUCAGUCUGACCAAGCAUUGCAACCUGAUGCGCCUUUCUCUGAGACUGGCGCAGGUGGACUCCAAGCUGAUGCAACUGCUCCUACUAAAACGGAAACUGCCACUUCUGCGGCCAAAAAGGAUGGUAUUAAAAAUGAAAGCAACAAUGAUGAUGAUGAUGAUGUCAACAUGAACGAGUGGCUGCGUAACUUUGGAAAUGGCUUUGACCAAAAUCGCAACUAUGAUCACAACCGCAACCGUGACUACUGGGCGAACAAAUAUGACAGGCAUAACAGACACAACUAUUACGAUAACAAUCGCCGUAACAACUACGAUGGCAACAGACGUUGGUAUGACAACAGUUACUAUGGCAAUGACGAUAACUAUUACAACAAGAAAUACAACCAUGAUGGCUGGCAGAAUAGUCACUCACAAAGAUCAGACCUUUUCAGCAAUGACUACUAUAAUCAGAACUUCGAGCGACUGAACCGAGAAACUCGAGAAGAACCUGGCAAGAAACAACCCCAGCCUGAAGCGGAGAAACUAAAACCUGACAUCCAUGGCAGUUAUGAACAAGACAAGGACUGGGGGAAUAACAGGAAUACACCAUUCUAUAAUAACUACUAUCGGAACAACUAUUAUGAUCGGAACAGGUUCUAUGACCAAAACUAUGAUUAUGAUGGUCGUAACUACGGUUACAAUUACUAUAAUUCCAAUGAACGUAAACCAGAUUACUGGGCGUUUUAUAACUAUGAUGUAAGAUAUCGCACAGACAUUUGCAGCGGAAUGUCAAAGAUGAGAGACUGCUCUCAUGAAAUGAAGAAAGUCUGCAACCAGGAAUCAGAUAAUUUUAUGUAUAAUCUUAACAACAUGAUCUAUCAAUUUGGACGUCUUUUUAUGAACUGUGAUAUGUCAGCUGAAUCUGCAGAGCCUUCACCGGAAGCUGAGGCAGUUGCUAAAAGUGAAACAGCCUAUUGUGACCACCGCAAAGCAAUUACUUGCAUCCAGCCGUUCCAGAACUGGUUUGGCUCUUUCAAAGACAAUGAAUUCAAGAUAUUCUCUGACUAUGACACAUUGAGGAAUAUGUGUGGGUAA